AUGGCUGAAUACAUCACUAGGGCUGCAGGAUCCGCUGGUUACUGCGAUGGUGGUGGUAGCAGCACGGUGUUGGGGGCAGUGACUCGCACGCAGCUGCUGCUGGGAGGGCUGAGCGCCGCACUGGUGCUCAGCUGGCUGGUGUCGGGGCACUGGUUGUUGAAUAACGCCCUCGGCUCCGCCAUCUGUGUUGCUUUCGUCAGCCACGUGCGGCUGCCCAACGUCAAGGUGUGCGCCCUGCUCCUGGCGUGUCUAUUCUUGUACGACAUCUUCUGGGUGUUCUUCUCACACCGCUUCUUCGGGGCCAACGUGAUGCUCUCAGUCGCCACGCAGCACGCCCACAACCCCGCCCACUCCGUCGCUCACUCGCUGCACCUGCCCUCUGCAGUGGCAAAGUCAAUCGUGAGGGAGAUUGAACUUCCCGUGAAGCUGCUGUUCCCGAGGGACCUGUUUGGAGAGCUCAACGUCUUUUCAGGGCAGAGAGGGAGAGCGCGGGACUUCAUGGUCCUCGGACUAGGCGAUAUGGUGAGUUGUGGCGGGGCACCCAUCGUGAGGGAGAUAGAGCUGCCCGUGAAGCUGCUGUUCCCACGGGAUCUGUUUGGAGAGUUUGAGGGACUCUGA